ACCUCUCUAUAUUCAAAGUCGUUUGUAAUAAAUGUAUUUGAAGUACAAAGAUCGCUGUAUGUUAAUGUAAUCGUUUGGUAUAUUUGAUUCUGCCUGGAUUCCACUAUGCUGACGUCUUUGGUUUAUCCCGGCUGUAUUUCAAGUGGUCAGUCCAACGCUGUGAUAAAUUACUAUUCUUUCUUCUCGUCGGUCAUCUCAACUUGUUGUAGAGGCAACCACUGCAGGGACUUUUAUGAAUACCGGUAAGCAACAGAAGCCAGUGCUAACAGGCCAGCGGUUCAAGACCAGGAAAAGGGAUGAAAAGGAGAAGUUUGAGCCCACAGUUUUUAGAGACACAAUUAUUCUGGGCCUCAACGAAGCAGGGGGGGACCUCGAUGCUGUAGCCAAGUUCCUGGACGUUACCGGGUCCCGACUCGACUACCGUCGCUAUGCCGACACUCUCUUCGACAUCCUCAUUGCCGGGAGCAUGCUCGCUCCCGGCGGGACGCGCAUUGACGAGGGGGACAAGACCAAGGUGACAGAACACUGUGUGUUUACCACCAAGGAGAACCAUGCCAACCUCCGCCACUAUGCUCAGGUUUUUAACAAGCUUAUCAGGAGGUACAAGUACCUGCAGAAUGCCUUCGAGGAGGAAAUCAAAAAGCUUCUGCUGUUCCUGAAGGCAUUCAGCGAAUCAGAGCAGACCAAGCUCGCUAUGUUGACUGGUAUCCUAUUGGCUAACGGCACUCUGCCCCCACCCAUCCUCACCAGCCUCUUCAGUGACAAUGUUGUCAAGGAAGGUAUCUCUGCAUCCUUUGCGGUGAAGAUGUUCAAGGCAUGGAUAUCUGAGAAAGAUGCCAAUGCAGUCACCUCAGCCCUGAGGAAGGCUAACCUGGAUAAGAAACUCCUGGAGUUGUUUCCUGCCAACAAGCAGAACAUGGAGCACUUCUCAAAGUACUUCAAUGAGGUGGGGCUGAAGGAGCUGUCAGACUUCAUGCGUGUGCAGCAGUCUCAGGGAACACGCAAGGAGCUGCAGAAAGAACUGCAGGAGCGCCUCUCUCAGGACUGCCCCAUACGAGAGAUGGUGGUGUACGUGAAGGAGGAGAUGAAGAGGAGUGACCUCCAGGAGCAGGCUGUGAUUGGUCUGUUGUGGAACAUUCUCAUGAACGCUGUGGAGUGGAACAAGAAGGAGGAGUUGGUCACCGAGCAAGCCCUCAAACACCUUAAACACUAUGCCCCCCUGCUAGCAGCGUUCAGCACCCAGGGCCAGUCAGAGCUGGUGCUGCUACUGAGGAUCCAGGAGUACUGCUAUGACAAUAUCCACUUCAUGAAGUCCUUCUCCAGGAUAGUGGUGCUCUUCUACAAAGCUGACGUGUUGAGUGAGGAGGCCAUUCUGAGGUGGUACAAAGACACUCACACCACCAAAGGGAAAGGUGUCUUUGUCGAGCAGAUGAAGAAGUUUGUUGAGUGGCUGCAAAAUGCAGAAGAAGAGUCUGAGUCUGAGGGAGAGGAGGACUAGCAGACCAACCCAACGAGGAGUCUGAAGUCUGCUGCAUCCUGUGGCCUGUACAUGUCAAUCAUCCUGUAGUCCCCAUCUCGUAUAGGGCACGUUCCAGGUCAUCCUUAAAGCAGUCAUGCUAACUAUUUUAGAAGAUUUGCUAGACUAUCAUAUUAAUGUGGUUCCUGAUACAUUCAAGAGAAAUACUUAUCCAGGCAUUGUAAGAAGUAUGACAAUGUGUGCAGUGUGAAUGCAAUAAAAACCACCUGGAACACGCCCAUCCAUAUUGCCCAUCUGACCAGGGGUCCUAGACUCCUCAACCAAAGUGCAACCCUAUGUGAAAAACCACAGGACCCUCCCGACUCAACUUCAGGAGGACAGGAGACUAGAUGUCAUCUAUCAAGACCACCCAAUCUGUGAUAUUUAAGCUUUUUAUUUUUUAUUAAGGAUUGGAUUAAUUAGAGGUCAGUCAGAGCGAACUCCCUUUACCAACGUUGUUCAGGUUUAGAGAGGAAGUCAAGACCUCAAUCUGCAAUAGAUUGUCAUCCUCGUUUUAUGGAAACUCAACUUUGUAACUUGGCAAUGCUUUAAUCUUUUUAUUAAUAAAGUGUUUUUAUAUGAA